AUGAGGUCUCUUCAAGCUGCUGCCAUUGCCAUCCUCGCGGCCACGCCUGCACUGGCGGCGCCCUCCCCCCGGUCAAAGAUCUCCUACACGCGCUGGAUGACCAACUCCAUCCUCCACCACGGGGUCGAGCCCGACUUCCACUACGACGAGGCGACACUGUACAACGCCUUCCAGGACGUCAUCGCCUUCACCAAGAACGACACCCUCAAGCAGGUCUACCACGACCUAGUCGACGGCGUGGUCCUUGAGAACGGCACAAUCGCCAACUACGACUACAGAAAGCACUCCCUGGACAACUACCGCUUCGGCAACAACAUCCUCUACUGGUACGAGCAGACCGGCGACGCCAAGUACAAGGUCGCCGCCGACGCCGUCCGCGGGAUGCUGGACACCCACCCGCGCAACCUCGCCGGCGGCUUCUGGCACCGCGACCCCUCGUACCCCAACCAGAUGUGGCUCGACGGCAUCUACAUGGCCGACACCUUCUACGCCAAGUGGACGUCCCUGUUCCAGCCGGGGAACCAGACGGCGUGGGACGACAUCAUGCUGCAGUUCGACACAAUCGACGCCCGCACGCGCAAGAAGGAUAACAACCUCCUCGUGCACGGGUACGACGAGAGCAAGAAGGCCGUCUGGGCGGACACCGAGGACGGCCGCGCGCCCCUGGUCUGGGGCCGCGCCAUCGGCUGGUACUUCAUGUCCCUCCUCGAGGUCAUCCAGCUGAUCCCCGAGGAGCACCCGGGCCGCCAGAGGCUCAUCGGCUACUUUGAGAAGACGGCAGAGGGGCUCAAGGGCGCGCAGGACGAGCUAGGCGGGUGGUGGAACGUCAUGGACAAGCGGUACGAGGAUGUCAAGGGCAACUACCUCGAGGCGUCGGCGAGCGUCAUGUUCACCUUUGGCUGGCUCCGGGGCCUGAACCUCGGGCUCCUCCCCGAGGCGGGAUACAAGGACGUGGCUGAGAAGGCGUACCGGGCCAUGAUUGACUUGUUCGUGACGACUAAUGAGGAUGGCACCAUCAACUGGGAGAAGACGGUGGAGGUUGGCAGCCUGGGCUCCAACGCUACUUUUGAGUAUUACUCGAGCAUCGCGACAAGGAAGAACGACCUCCGAGGGGCCGCAGUCUUCAUGCUGGCCUCGUUGGAAUGGGAGAAGCGCAAUUGCUAG